AGUUCUGUCUGUCUGACGGAGAAUGUCUGAAAAAGAAUAUCUCUAUGGAGGAACCUUUGCCCGGCACCUCCUCCAGACCCGAGGACCUCUCCGAACCAGACCUCCAGCCAGACUCUGCGGAGGAUCCAGUCACAGAGGAGGGGGAGGAGGAGGAGGAGGAGGUGGCAGCUCUCAGCUGCAGAGUGUGCGGGAAGUCGUUUGACAGGAAAGGUUUCCUGAUGAAGCACGUGGAGAAACACCUGAAGGAGGCGGAGAGUGUGUGCGGUCUUUGUGGCGAGCGUCUGGACUGCAGCGAUGGCCUGCGGCUGCACCUUCAAACACACCGUGACCGCAGCCGCACCUGUGACGUUUGUGGCAAGAAGUUCCCCUCCAUCCGUGCCCAGGAGACACACCGGCGGCUGCACACCGGAGAGAAACCCUUCAGCUGCCAUGUCUGCGGCAAAGGCUUCAACCAGAAGGGCAACAUGGUGACGCACCUGCGGAUCCACACCGCCGAGAAGCCGUUCAGGUGCACCGUAUGCCAACGAGAGUUCAGCCACGCUGGCUCCCUGGAGCGCCACAUCAAGGCCCACGACGGACACAUGCCGUUCAGCUGCCACGUCUGCGGCAAAGGCUUCACCAAGAGCGCCCAGCUGCGGCGACAUGCCCAGAGCCACGAGUCUGUCGGCACGCCGGCCGUCAGGAGCCGCCGCAGGAAGCCCAGUCUGAUGCCGUCUCACUGCUGCCAGGUCUGUGGGAACGCCUUUCACAAUAAAGGCAAUUUUGUUCGCCACGCAGAGACUCAUGUGAACGAGGUGGAGAGUCACUGCGGCGUCUGCGGUGAGCGGGCAGAGUCCUCGGAGGGUCUGCGGCUCCACAUCCUGAGCCACAGAGAGACCAGCCGUAUCUGCGACAUUUGCGGCGUCAGCUUCAGAGACAUGGAGGUCCACAUGAGGACACACACGGGACAGAAACCCUUCAGCUGCAAAGACUGCGGCAAAGACUUCCCCCGGAAAGGCUCCCUGGAGAGACACCUGAAGCUGCAUGCCGGCGAGCGGCCCUACAUCUGCGAGUUCUGCGGGAAGACAUUCAUCGAGAACACCGUCCUCAAAAGACACAUCAAGAGCCACACGGGCGGGAAGCCCCGCAUCUAUGCCUGCGAUGUCUGCGGCAAGAAGUUCACCAUGAGCCAGCACCUGGAUGUGCACAAGAGGAUCCACACCGGAGAGAAACCCUACACCUGCAGGGUCUGCGGCAAGACCUUCAGGCAGAUCGGGAACCUGGACUCCCACAUGAGGAUCCACACGGGAGAGAAGCCCUUCAUCUGCAGCCUCUGCGGGAAGACGUUUCGCCAGAAGAUCUCGCUGGAGACGCACGAGCGCUUUCACAAGAAGGAGAAGGCGUUCGGCUGCCAGCUGUGCGGCAAAGGCUUCGUCCAGAAGAUUGACCUCAAGAGACACAUGCUGACGCACACUGGCGAGAAACCCUACAGCUGCAGCGUCUGCGCCAAGAGCUACCAGGAGAAACGCUCACUGGACUCCCACAUGAAGGUCCACGCCACGGACCGGCCCGCCAAAG